AUGGCGUCCACCUCGAUCAAUCACUUGGAAGGGCACUCCGAUCGCAUCUUGCGCCCGCGGCCCCGAAAGCCCAUCCAUUCACAACUAUCGCAGAUCAGCAACAUCUCGGAACCCAAUAGCGCUCUCGAGACACCGAGCAAUGGACAUGCCACUGGCACGACGAGUGGCCGAUCAACGCCGGUUCCCAUUGACGCGCCACCAUCGGUCAAGUCGCUCUCUACCGCGCGCAAGCGGGCGCGUGCAGAGCAGCGCCGCCGCAUCUUUCCGACCAUCGAAUUCGCAAGCCGCGUGUCCCACUUCGAUCCGAGCAGCGACUACCGCGACUUUCAUGGCUUCUUCAAUCUCUUCUGGAUAGGCCUGGCCAUCAUGGCCAUCACCACCAUGCUGCGCAACAUCAAGGACACGGGAUACCCGCUUCGCGUUCAGAUCUGGGGUCUCUUUACCGUCAAGCUCUGGCAUCUGGCCAUUGCCGACUUCCUGAUGGUCGCCAGCACCGCUGUUGCCCUGCCCUUACAUAGACUCUUCCGAGCGGCACCUGCAGGGAGCGCCCUGACAUGGGCCAAGGCUGGCGUGGCCAUUAUGAGCGUGUACCAGGUCCUGUGGCUGGCGCUGUGGAUUGCCGUGCCGUUCCUGCUUGAAUGGACCUGGACGUCCCAGGUGUUCCUCUUGCUCCACACCAUGGUGCUCCUGAUGAAGAUGCACUCCUAUGCCUUCUACAACGGCCACCUGAGUGAGACGGAGAAGCGCCUCCGCGCGCUCGACAAUCCAUCCACCGCAUCCCGGGCCCCGGCCUACCACUACCCGACCACGGACAAUCCCAUGGGCAUUGUAGCGGACCCCAAGAGGGCCGAGGCAAAAGGGAAGGGCGAGGCUCAAGGCAUUGAAGCCGAUGGUGAUGCCGACGAGAUUGCCCAGCUCCGUGAGGAUCUAGCACGCGAGUUAACCAGCCCCAUGGGCAACAUCACGUAUCCAGCCAACCUGACGUGGUCAAACUACCUCGACUACAUCUGCUGUCCAACUCUGUGCUACGAGAUCGAGUACCCGCGCAACGAAAGGAUUGACUGGCAGAACCUGUUGUCCAAGAUCGCCGCCACAUUCGGGUGCAUCUUCCUGCUCACCGUCAUCUCGGAAGAGUUCAUCCUGCCAGCAUUGACCGACGCUUCUCGGAGGCUCGCUGAUGCACCCCUGAGUACUCUCGAUGUACUUCUUAUCCUCGCCGAGACCAUCUCGUGGCUCCUCUUCCCCUUCAUGCUGACCUUCCUUCUCGUGUUCCUCGUCAUCUUCGAAUACGUGCUGGGAGCCUUCGCCGAGAUCACGCGCUUUGCGGACCGGCACUUUUACAGCGACUGGUGGAACAGCACGGACUGGAUGGAGUUUUCGCGCGAGUGGAACGUGCCCGUCUACAGCUUUCUCCGCCGCCACGUCUACAGCGCGAGCCGCCCGUACAUUGGCAAGGCCAACGCCACCGUCAUCACCUUCCUCAUCAGCGCCGUCGGCCACGAGAUUGUCAUGGCCUGCAUCACCAAGAAGAUCCGCGGCUACGGCUUCGUCUGUCAGAUGCUCCAGCUGCCUAUUGUCAUGCUGCAGCGGACGAAGUGGGUCAGGAACAGGGAGACGCUGAAUAACGUUUGCUUUUGGUGCAGCAUGAUUUUGGGAUUGAGCUUGAUCUGCUCGCUGUAUGUCUUGGUAUGA